CAGGCUAGGCUCACCAUGGUGCCGGCUGCUAUCCUGGCACGAGGGAGGGAUGUGUGCAGGCGGAACGGACUGCUCAUCCUGUCGGUGCUGUCUGUCAUCGUGGGCUGCCUCCUCGGCUUCUUCCUGAGGACGCGGCACCUCUCACCACAGGAGAUUAGCUACUUCCAGUUCCCUGGAGAGCUCCUGAUGAGGAUGUUGAAGAUGCUGAUCCUACCACUGGUGGUGUCCAGCUUGAUGUCCGGCCUCGCCUCCCUGGAUGCCAAGACCUCCAGCCGCCUGGGCGUCCUCACCGUGGCAUACUACCUGUGGACCACCUUCGUGGCCGUCAUUGUGGGCAUCAUCAUGGUCUCCGUCAUCCAUCCGGGUGGUGCAGCCCAGAAGGAGACAACGGAGCAGAGUGGGAAGCCCAUCAUGAGCUCGGCCGACGCCCUGCUGGACCUCAUCCGGAACAUGUUCCCAGCCAACCUGGUGGAGGCCACAUUCAAACAGUACCGCACCAAGACCACUCCCAUGGUCAAGUCCCCCAGGGUGGCACCCGCGGAGGCCCCCCCUCGGCGGAUCCUCAUCUAUGAGGUCCAGGAAGAGAAAGGCUCUCGUGUGCAGAACUUUGCCCUGGACCUGACCCCGCCGCCCGAGGUCGUGUACAAGUCAGAGCCCGGCACCAGUGACGGCAUGAACGUGCUGGGCAUCGUCAUCUUCUCCGCCACCAUGGGCAUCAUGCUGGGCCGCAUGGGUGAUGGCGGAGCCCCCUUGGUCAGCUUCUGCCAGUGCCUCAAUGAGUCUGUCAUGAAGAUCGUGGCGGUGGCUGUGUGGUACUUCCCCUUUGGCAUUGUGUUCCUCAUUGCUGGAAAGAUCCUGGAGAUGGAUGACCCCACGGCCGUCGGGAAGAAACUGGGCUUCUACGCGGUUACCGUGGUGUGUGGGCUCGUGGUCCACGGCCUCUUCAUCCUGCCCCUGCUCUAUUUCUUCAUCACCAAAAAGAACCCCAUCAUGUUCAUCCGUGGUGUCCUCCAGGCCCUGCUCAUCGCACUGGCCACCUCCUCCAGCUCGGCCACACUGCCCAUCACCUUCAAGUGCCUGCUGGAGAACAACCACAUCGACCGGCGUAUUGCCCGCUUUGUGCUGCCUGUGGGCGCCACCAUCAACAUGGAUGGCACUGCACUCUAUGAAGCAGUGGCCGCCAUCUUCAUUGCCCAGGUGAACAACUAUGAGCUGGACUUCGGCCAGAUCAUCACCAUCAGCAUCACAGCGACCGCAGCCAGCAUUGGGGCGGCCGGCAUCCCCCAGGCAGGGCUCGUCACCAUGGUCAUCGUGCUCACCUCCGUGGGACUGCCCACCGACGACAUCACCCUCAUCAUCGCUGUCGACUGGGCUCUGGACCGUUUCCGCACCAUGAUUAACGUGCUGGGUGAUGCACUGGCUGCAGGGAUCAUGGCCCACGUCUGCCGGAAGGACUUUGCUCAGGACACGGGCACCGAGAAACUGCCGCCCUGCGAGACCAAGCCCGUCAGCCUCCAGGAAAUCGUGGCGACUCAGAGGAAUGGCUGUGUGAAGAGUGUGGCCGAGGCCUCAGAGCUGACCCUGGGCCCUGCCUGCCCCCACCACAUCCCUGUACAGGUGGAGCACGACGAGGAGCCGGCUGCAGCCAGUCCGGACCACUGCAGCAUCGAGAUCAGCAAGCUUGAGACCAAUGUCUGAGCCCAAGGAGCAGAGGGGCCUGGGGAGGCCUCCCAGGUUAGGGGUCAAGGGCAGGAUCCCAAUGCACCUGGCAGGGCCAGGCUCACUGCAGUGUU